AUGAGUGAUAGGCAGCCUCUGUUGGGUGAGUCAGGCAAGCUGUCGUUUGGCGAUGACGAUGGUUUCGGUAGUGAUAUCAACCAGAAGCAAGUCUCAAAGAGCAGCUUUUCUACGUGGCGACGAUAUUUUUCAAGAAGUACAAAAAUGGAGGGAAAGAAUGAAAGGCCAGGCGAUGAAGACGACGCGGACGAUAGAUAUCAUGAUAUUGGCUUUUUCGAAAUUUUUCGACAUGCAGAUGGUAUCAGCGUGCUUCUUAUGUUCACCGGCUUAGUCCUUUUGGCAAUACAUGCAGUCUGCGUACUUGCUAAUCUAGCUCUUUUUGGUAAAAUUACUGGUGUUUUUGCUGUGGAAUCAUUUGAUAACGAUUGCCAUAAAGCACAUAGAAAUUUGACAGCUCUUAUCACCUACGACAGUGGCUGUCCUCUAGGCAUUGCAGUCGAUGCAGACAACAAUAGUCGGUUUUACAAAUUAUGCCAUAAUGGCGAUACAGUUACACUAGCAACAUUACCUUCAUCAUCGCUUUUUCGGGCGAAAGUUAUGGCUAUAAUUUAUUGGUUAAUUCUUAUUGCUGUUGUUGUAUGGUUGGCCAGUUUUCUUGAAUAUACUAUUUGGUCGAUUGCUAUAAGACGGCAGACGGCUCGUAUGAAUAUCCUGCUCUUUCAAUCGCUGCUACAGCGUAAUGUACCAUACUUUGACAAACAUCCAGCUAGUCAAUUCAAUAGUAACCUAUUUGGCAACAUUGAAAUGGUUGAAAAAGGUAUCGGUAUAGAUUUUUUGAUCACGCUUGGGGCAAUACUAUGUAUAUGGGCAAGUUUGAUCACAUGUUUCAUUAUCAAUUGGAAAUUAUCUCUUAUUUUAUUCUUCACUAUACCUAUUGUUAUGACCGGCUCCACGAUAUUUUCCAAGCUUCUUGCUCGUGAGACAGAAAACGAAUUCAAAUCGUAUUCAUCAGCUGGGCGUAUCGUUCAAGAAGUAGUAAGUUCGGUACGAACAGUUUUCUCACUUAAUGGCGCCAAAUUUGAGCAACAGCGAUACGAGAAAGAAUUAGAGUCAACUCAUUGGAGUACUGUUCGACAACGUGCCAUAUGUGGUAUUUUUAUCGGUUGGCUAUCUUUUAGCUUUUACAUAGUUUAUGCCGUUGGCUUCAUCUUCGCUUCUAUUUUUAUGUCUUAUGCAACUCAUAGCGGACUGCAAAUUACUGAUGUUCUUGUUAUUAUUAUGAUGUUUGCUCAGUGUCUAGCAUACUUUGGUAUGAUUGUGCCUUUCUUUCAAUCAUUUUCGGAAGGGAAAGGCGCUGCAAAAUCUGUAUUUCGACUUAUUGAUGAAAAACGGGAUCCAAACUUAAACGAGAAGGAUUUGUUCACAGAAGAUGCCUCUAAUGAAGACCCAGUUUGCGACAUCGUCGGUGACAUUGAAUUUAAAGAUAUAAAUUUAGUUUAUCCGUCUCGAAAAGAUGUGUCGGUUUUGCACAAUCUCAAUCUGAUUGCUCGCACCAAUAAAACGACUGCCCUUAUUGGUGGAAGCGGUUCCGGUAAAAGUACAUGUAUGUCACUUCUUCUUCGAUUUUAUGAACCAUCAUCGGGUGAAAUUACGAUCGAUGGUCAAGCAAUCACGCACUAUUCAAUUAAAUGCCUUCGACAAAAUAUUGGAAUUGUCAGUCAAGAACCUAUUUUAUUUGCAAUGAGUAUUUAUGAAAAUAUUCGUCUUGGUAAAUUAAACGCAACGCGUAAAGAAAUUGAAGAAGCGGCAAAGGAAGCCAGCGCGCAUGAUUUUAUUAUGAAACUACCUCAUAAAUAUGAAACACUCGUCGGUGAGCGUGGUAUUCAAUUAAGCGGAGGUGAAAAACAACGAAUUGCAUUAGCACGAGCUCUCGUUAAACAACCGUCGAUACUUCUAUUGGAUGAAGCAACUAGUGCACUUGACAAUAUCAGUGAAAAAAUUGUUCAAGAAGCACUCACCCGAGCAUGCAAAAAUCGAACAACUAUUGUUGUCGCUCAUCGUUUAACAACGAUCCAAAAUGCCGACCAUAUAUAUGUAUUAGAGAAAGGAAGUGUGAUUGAAGAAGGUACACAUGACACAUUGAUGAUGAAAGACGGAGGAAAAUACCAAACUAUGGUAGAAAAACAACAAAUACAGAAAUUUACUGUUGACGAAAACGUACCAUCGGAAAAAUUUAUGGAAAAAGUAGAGCGAAAUCGUUUAUUGAGCGAAAUCGAAACAGCUGAUACGAGCAGAAAGUCUUCAUUACCAAUAGCACGAGAAUCUAUGUUUCUACGACUUUUAUUAAUGAAUGGUCCCGAAUGGCCAGCUAUCUUGAUCGGUUGUGCAGCAUGUAUAAUUUGUGGGCUAUGUCAACCAAUCUUUGCAUUCUUAUUAGCCAAAUUAAUAGACCUGUUGAGAGGUUGCGAUCUGGCUGAUAUUCGUCAUGGAGUGCUGAUCUCAAGCGUCGUGCUUUUAUCUUUGGGUAUCUGUAUGUUCUUUCUACGUUUCUUUGAAUCUACUGCUUUUGGCAUAGCAGGUUCAAGGCUAACACAACGUAUACGUACAAAAGCUUUCGCUUCUUUGCUUUGUCAAGAAGUUGCUUAUUUUGAUCAACCCGAAAACAGCUCUGGCGCUGUAUGUGCGCGUCUCUAUUCUAAUGCAAAAGCCAUCCAAGACAUGACUGGUACCAGAUUAGGUGCUCUAUGUGAAGGUCUUGCCUUGUGUGGCUUUGGACUAUUAUUUGGACUGUUACUUAGUUGGCAAUUAACAAUCAUCGUGUUUCUACCUUUUAUUGCGUAUGCCGUAAUUGCUUUAAUCGACAUAUGGAUAAACAUUGAAUUGCAAGAUCGAUCGAAAGCAAUCUAUAGCGAAGCAAGCUCGCUUGCUGUCGAUGCCCUUCACAAUAUACGCACAAUAAAACAAUUAUUUGUAGAACAUGAAAUUCUACGACGAUACUCAAAACUAAUUGAUCUUGCACACACAACAGCUACGAAAUCUGAAACAUUAUCCGGAAUGUUAAAUGGUUUGUANAGUUUUUGUUUUUAUUUUGUCUCAUAUAUCGGAGGUGAAAAACAACGAAUUGCAUUAGCGCGAGCUCUUGUUAAACAACCGUCGAUACUUCUAUUGGAUGAAGCAACUAGCGCACUUGACAAUAUCAGUGAAAAAAUUGUUCAAGAAGCACUCACCCGAGCAUGCAAAAAUCGAACAACUAUUGUUGUCGCUCAUCGUUUAACAACGAUCCAAAAUGCUGACUAUAUAUAUGUAUUAGAGAAAGGAAGUGUGAUUGAAGAAGGUACACAUGACACAUUGAUGAUGAAAGACGGAGGAAAAUACCAAACUAUGGUAGAAAAACAACAAAUACACAAAUUUACUGUUGACGAAAACGUGCCAUCGGAAAAAUUCAUAGGAAAAGGUGAAAAGCAAAAUUUAGAACGAAAUCGUUUAUUGAGCGAACUGGAAACAGCUGAUAUGAACAGAAAGUCUUCAUUACCAAUAGCACGAGAAUCUAUGUUUCUUCGACUUUUAUUAAUGAAUGGUCCCGAAUGGCCAGCUAUCUUCAUCGGUUGUGCAGCAUGUAUAAUUUGUGGACUAUGUCAGCCAAUCUUUGCAUUCUUAUUAGCUAAAUUAAUAGACCUGUUAAGAGGUUGCAAUCUGGCUGAUAUUCGUCGUGGAGUGCUGAUCUCAAGCGUCGUGCUUUUAUCUUUGGGUAUCUGUAUGUUCUUUCUACGCUUCUGUCAAUUCACUGCUUUUGGCAUAGCAGGUUCAAAGCUAACACAGCGUAUACGUGCAAAAGCUUUCGCUUCUUUGCUUCGUCAAGAAGUUGCUUAUUUUGAUCAACCCGAAAACAGAUCUGGCGCUGUAUGUGCACGUCUCUAUUCUAAUGCAAAAGCCAUUCAAGACAUGACUGGUACCAGAUUAGGUUCUCUAUGUGAAGGUCUUGCCUUAUGUGGUUUUGGACUAUUAUUUGGACUAUUACUUAGUUGGCAAUUAACAAUCAUCGUAUUUCUACCUUUUAUUGCGUAUGCCGUAAUUGCUUUAAUCGACAUAUGGAUAAACAUUGAAUUAAAAGAUCGAUCUAAAGCAAUCUAUGGCGAAGCAAGCUCGCUUGCUGUCGAUGCCCUUCACAAUAUACGCACAAUAAAACAAUUAUUUGUAGAACAUGAAAUUCUACGACGAUACUCAAAACUAAUUGAUCUUGCACACACAACAACUACGAAAUGUGAAUCAUUAUCCGGAAUGCUAAAUGGUUUGUAUUGGGGUAUGGACCCAUUAACGUUAGCAAUUUUAUUUUGGCGUUCUCUUAUACUUAUCGAAACAAAUCAAAUAGAUAUACACAAUGUUAUGAUGGUUUUUGCUUUUGCUUUGUAUAUGACACAGUCGUUAAGAACUGUCGGGAUGCUAGCUCGAGACAUUGGCUCAUCAAUAUCUGGCGCCAAAGUUAUUUUUGAUUUAUUUGACCGAAUUCCAUCCAUCGACAAUACAUCUGAUGCUGGACAAGAACUCGUUGAUUUUCGUGGAGAAAUUGAAUUUGAUCAAGUUAAGUUUGCUUAUCCAGCUCGAUCAACGACUAUUAUUCUCAAAAAAUUACGAUUAGCUAUUAAAGCAGGUCAACGUGUUGCUCUUGUUGGAUCAUCUGGAUGUGGAAAAUCAACCAUUAUACAAUUAUUAGAACGAUUCUAUGAUCCUUUAUGUGGUCGAAUACUGUUUGAUGGCGUCGAUAUUCGGCAAUUAAAUCUUCAAUGGCUCCGUGCUCGUCUAGGUCUUGUUGCUCAAGAGCCGAUUUUGUUUGAUAUGACAGUUGCUGAAAAUAUAACAUAUGGAUUAGAAAAUAUAUCGAUGGAUGAUAUUAUAGCUGCUGCAACAAAAGCAAAUGUUCAUGAUUUUAUCCAACAAUUACCACAGGGUUAUCAAACAAAUGUAGGCAUGAAGGGUAGUUUUCUGUCGGGUGGUGAAAAACAGCGCAUUGCUCUUGCUCGAGUUCUUCUCCGCCAGCCAAAAGUAUUGUUACUGGACGAAGCUACCAGCGCUUUGGACUCUUUGAAUGAACAAAUCGUACAAGCCGCUCUUGAUCAAGCUCAAACAGAAGAUCCUGCACGAAUAACUAUUAUUAUCGCGCAUCGUCUUUCAACAAUUCGUUCAUGUGAUCUGAUAUGCGUCCUCGAUGAAGGGCGUAUAGUAGAAAUGGGCUCACAUGCCGAAUUAGUACAACAACGUGGGACCUACUAUGAAAUGCUCUCUGCUCAAAAUAAUAAAGUGUGA